AUGUCAACAACUGAGGAGAGAUCAAGCCACAACCGCAACAAUCGUCUAAUUGAAGCUCUUACCAUUGAAAUGGAACAAAUUUUCGACAGCCACUUAGAUCAAAUUCGUCAAGGGCAUCACAGAGCACGAAAAAGGAAGGAACAAGAGCUUAAUUCUAAGCCACCAGACAACUCACUGAGAUCAACACAGAGCAGCCCACAGAAAAUCCCUCACACUCCCAAAUCCAAAUCUGUGUUUCAUUCUGAUUAUAAACCGACUAAUGCAUUUUUUAAAUUUUCAGGAAAAGAAGAUUACCUAGAGUGGGAGAAAAACAUGGACGAGUGGUUUUCCUACAAAAACUUCUUGAGCGAGAUGAGAUUUGUUUGUGCACUUAGCCACCUCACGGGAGACGCUUACAAAUGGUGGUUGCAAGAAGUUGAUGAUCGUUUAUAUUAUAAGGAGCCACCUAUCACUUUGUGGAGAGAUCUUAAGGAACUUCUAAGGAAUAAAUAUGCUCUACAAGCAUCAAAUCGCUCUCGAAAAGUCAGUGUCACAGCCCAAGGGGAGAAUGAGUUGGUCACCAACAAUGUCUUGAUCCAAAAUGAACCCCCCGAUCCAACGCCACUUCCAUUAGUCAUGAUGAUACCAAGCACCGAACACACUGUGAACCUUACUCAGGUAAGUAUAAAAGAGGAGCCACCAGACUUAGAUCUUCUCUCGUCCAAUCUCUUUAAGAGGACUGGAAUUGGAGUUGUUUUGAUGCCAAAGAUCGAUUGUCCAUUCAACCGAAGAAGAAGAAAAAGCGACAAUGCUUAUGAACUUGAGCUGCAAGGUGAAUUGUAUUUGAGGUCAAAUCCUUUUCAAGUGGGAGAGGAUGAUGUAAUCAUAGAAAGCACAAAGGACUUGGAAUUUGAUCAAGAGCUUGUAGCCGAGGAAAAGCUUGAAGCAGAGGAGCAGCUUGAACCUAAGGAGCAUUUUGAAGUCCAUGGAACCGAACCAUGGUAUAACAUUUAG